AUGGAUCCCGCAGUCCAACGCCUUCUUGCUGACAAGCUCUACGACAAAAGGAAGCAGGGGGCCCUCGAGCUCGAGCGUUUCAUCAGGGAGGCUAGUGCCGCCAAAGAGUACGACAAGAUCCGAAAGACGAUUGAUCAGUUGUGUUCCGACUAUGCCUAUGCCGUGCACAUUCCGCACCACCGCAAUGGAGGUCUCAUUGGUCUAGCGGCUGCUUCGAUCGCCCUGGGCUCUGAUGAGGUUGCACGCUAUCUGUCUGAUAUCGUUCCACCUGUUCUUGCAUGCUUUACUGAUCAAGAUGCCCGCGUCCGCUAUUAUGCCUGCGAGGCCAUGUACAACAUUGCCAAAGUAGCCAAGGGAGAGAUUCUGGUUUUCUUCAACGACAUCUUUGAUGCAUUAUGCAAGCUUGCUGCCGACUCAGAGCUCUCGGUGAAGAAUGGAGCCGAGCUUCUCGAUCGUCUGAUUAAGGACAUUGUUUCCGAGUCUGCCGCCUCUUACGUCUCAGUUCUCAACUUCAAUGAAGACGGCGAAGACCUCGAGCCGGAUAAAGAAAGCGCCGAUCUUCCCACAACUUUCUCCCUCGCAAAGUUCAUUCCCCUUCUUGAAGAGCGCAUUCACGUUAUCAAUCCUUUCACCCGCACCUUUCUGGUUUCCUGGCUGACGCUUCUGGAUACCAUUCCGGACCUGGAACUUGUACACUACCUACCAGCUUUUCUUGGAGGCCUCUUCAAAUUCCUUGGAGAUCCGAAUCGUGACGUGUAUGUGGCAACUCAGGGGCUGCUUGAGCGCUUUCUUAGCGAGAUCAAGAAAAUCGCAAAGAUCAAGCGUGGUAUCGCUGAAAGUCGCCGAAGUCGAGCCGGCAACCGUAAACCUGGAUCUGAUACAGGCAGUGCAACGGGUGGCGGCAAUCAGUCAAACGACAAUGCCAUCGAUGACUCCGAGUCUGGGACUGCCCAAGACGAACUUAACGAGCUUGGGGAGCACGACGGUGAUUGGAUACCCGGACAAGACGUCCAGGUGGAUUACGCACAAAUUCUUGACAUCCUGCUAAAGUUUGUCGAUGGAUUGUCAAAACAAAAGGAAGAAGAAAUCGGGAUCGUUGCCCUGCGAUGGAUUGACAGCUUCUUCGAGAUCAGCCCAGAAGAAAUCCUGCAAUUUGUACCUCGCCUGUUGUCUCGUGUUCUGCCAGCACUGUCGGCCCAGUCGGAGCAAGUCAGAACAACUGCCAGCAAGGUCAACAGGUCUCUGAUGGACUACAUUGUCACCUUUCAGGAUGAGGUGUCGACCGAUGACCAGAGUGCACAGGCGUCUGGUACUCUAACCAGUGUGACGACGCGGGAUGGAGAAGGUUCUGAAAAAAGACAGUCAGGCGGGACAACCAAGAGUGUGCCUUCACAGACAGAGGGUAAAAAUGAGACUCCUCCAGAAGCCUCCUCUGAGGUAGAGCAGUCACCCCAAGAGGUCACUCCCAGGUCUACUGCAGCGCCGUCACCGCAACCCAUGGCUGACCUCGACUAUGCGGCAGCAGUGAAUGCAUUGACGCUGCAAUUCCUCAACGAACACGAAGAGACGCGUGUGGCGGCAUUGAGCUGGCUGAUCAUGCUCCACAGAAAGGCGCCAAAGAAAGUCCUUGCCUUCAACGACGGUACGUUUCCAGCCCUGCUCAAGACGCUCUCCGAUCCGGCUGAGGCGGUCGUGACACGCGAUCUCCAACUUCUGUCGCAGAUCUCCAAGAACAGCGAAGACGGAUACUUUACAUCGUUCAUGGUGGCUUUGCUUCAACUCUUCUCAAUAGACCGAAAGCUGUUGGAGAUCCGUGGCAACCUCAUCAUUCGCCAAUUGUGCAUCAACCUCCAACCUGAACGCAUAUACAGGACACUGGCGGAGUGCAUCGAAAAGGACGAAGACGUCGAGUUUGCAAGCAUCAUGGUCCAGAACCUCAACAAUAACCUCAUCACGGCGCCUGAGCUCGCGGAGCUGAGGAAAAGGCUUCGGAAUCCGGACAGCAAGGAGGGACAGAUGUUCUUUGUAGCGCUGUUUCGGGCUUGGUGUCACAACGCUGUGGCUACGUUCUCGCUGUGUCUGUUGGCCCAAGCGUACGAACAGGCUUACAAUCUGCUACAGAUAUUUGCAGAUUUGGAAAUGACCGUCAAUAUGCUGAUCCAGAUCGACAAGCUAGUGCAGCUACUAGAAAGUCCAGUCUUCACAUAUCUGCGGCUCCAACUUCUCGAACCCGACCGGUAUCCCUAUCUUUACAAAUGCCUCUACGGGCUUCUGAUGUUGCUUCCUCAAUCGUCCGCUUUCGGCGCUCUGAAAAACCGCCUCAACAGUGUCUCUGCAAUAGGGCUGUUACACACACCGGCUUCGAUGCCGACGUCAGCCAGACCAUCAGUGGGUUCCGGGAUGUCUUCGUCCUCUCUGCCCCCCACAACGAGCGGCGCUCUAAACAGCACCGUCGCCUCUCGUCUGCGAACGCGUGAUGCCACAUCCUCGGUCGGCAUCAACGAGAUCAAAUGGCCCGAACUUCUCGAUAAGUUCAAGCAAACUCAGGAACGUGCACGACGCCGGAACGAGAGGAUCCUCCGGGGGGACCUCGAUGCAGCAGAAACACCCAGUUCUGCAAUACCGAGCGCAGUUGAUAAUACAGGUCGAUCAAGUCGUGCGAGUUUACGAGAAGGAACAGAUGGCGGCGAUGCAUUCAGGACCGGGCACAAACUACACAGUGGACGGCCCUUGAGCGGUGUUGGCGCAGCCGGCACCGGAUCGUCAGGGCUGGUCAAGGCAGGCAGUGGGUUGGGGGUCACAGGGCCAGGGCCAGCAACUGCCAGAGCAGCGGGCAUAGGAGAUGAUCGAUCUGGACCUCAUAAGAGAGGUCACAGUCUCGCGGGCGGGUUUGGCAAGUUUGCGAGCGGGAUUGCCAGGGCGGGAGGAAGUAAGGAUCGGGAGAAGAAGAAGUAG